GUUCUACAUCAGCAAACUGGACUGAAUCUUCUGCAAGGUGAAGAACAAGCAAGGCAGAAUGAAAGGUAACUGGCUUUUGGGUUUGAGCGUCAUCUUGUUAAUAUAUGCAGCUCAUGGAUGUCCUGACAAAUGCCUGUGCUAUACAGCUUCAAAGACUGCAGACUGCAAGAAUAGAGGAUUUACUGAAAUUCCUGCCCGUCUGCCUCCUGAAAUUCAGAUACUACAGUUGCAGAAUAACCAUAUUUGGAGAAUCAACCAAAAUGCGUUCACUGGAACACCAUUGCUCAAAAUCUUAGACUUGUCUAAUAAUUCUCUCUCAAAUUUGGCACCAGGUGCUUUCCAAAAAUUACGGUAUCUACAGGUUCUAAACCUAACCAGAAAUUUGAUUCAUUAUAUAGAAAACAAGACUUUCAGUUUCCUCCCACACCUGAAAGAACUGGACUUGUCAUCCAACAGCAUCAUACGUUUGCCUGAGACUUUUGGAAACAGCACAGGGAAUAUAACAUUGCUGUCUCUGAAGCAUAACAAACUUCAGAAAAUGGAAAGAGUUCUGCUGGAGUCACUUCCAAACCUGAAAGUGGUUCUUUUCAAAGAUAAUCCCUGGCAAUGUAAUUGUAAUGUCUUUGGCCUGAAACUGUGGCUGGAGAGCUUUUUAUACAGAGGAGGAAUAAGUGAUGGCAUUAUCUGCUCAACGCCAGGGAUUCGGAAGGGAAAGGACCUCCUCAAAGUUCCCUAUGAGCUGUUUGGGGCUUGCCCGCUAAGGACAGCUCACUUCCAUCUGGCUAGCAUUCACCACCAUGGCUUUGAGCACAGGAGUUCUCCGAAACACGCUCAUCACAACGAACACGGGGAAAACAGCCGUGCAAACUGUGAACCCAAACCAAAGCCAAGGCCUGUUAGUUUGCGUCAUGCAAUUGCCACUGUAGUAAUAACUGGAGUUGUCUGUGGAAUUGUGUGUCUAAUGAUGUUGGCAGCUGCUGUUUAUGGUUGUGCCUAUGCUGCAAUUACUGCUAAAUACCACAGAGAACAUUUGGACCCGGUCAAACAGCAUGGGACUCCUGAGGAAAAAGAGCCAUUUGAUAGUUCCUUGGCUUGA